AAGUGAAACCAGCUUGCAUAUUUAACAGUGUGGAGUAUUAUGAUGGAGACAUGUUUCGAAUGGAUGCCUGUCGUUUCUGUCGAUGUCAAGGUGGUGUCUCGAUUUGUUUCUCAGCCCAGUGUGGUGAGCUGCACUGUGACAGGUACUAUGUGCCAGAAGGAGAGUGCUGUCCAGUCUGUGAAGAUCCAGUAUAUCCAGUUAAUAACCCUGCUGGCUGCUAUGCCAAUGGUCAGAUCCAAGCACAUGGAGAUCGAUGGAGAGAAGAUGACUGCACUUUCUGCCAGUGUAUCAAUGGAGACCCACACUGUGUGGCAACAGCCUGUGGACAGAGUUGCCUGAAUCCUGUUAAGGUACCUGGGGAAUGCUGCCCAGUGUGUGAAGAACCAACGUACAUCACAAUAGGUCCACCCACAUGUGAGAUUUUGGUGAACUGCACAUUGACUGAGAGAGACUGUAUAUAUAGUUUCAGACUGGACCAAAAUGGUUGCCGCAUUUGUCAGUGCAAAACUAAGAUACCAGAUUCUGUUAUGCCACCGGUUAAAACAGGCUCUUGCCUGUCAAUGGAUGGGCGUCGUCAUGAGAAAGAGGAGAGCUGGCAUGAUGGUUGCCGAGAAUGUUAUUGUCACAAUGGACGGGAGAUGUGUGCCUUGAUCACCUGCCCUGUACCUAACUGUGGCAACCCUACCAUACAUCCAGGCCAGUGUUGUCCAUCAUGUCCAGAUGAAUCUAUUGUGCAGAAGCCAGAGCUCAGCAAUCCAUCUAUCUGCCACGCUCCAGGAGGAGAGUACUUUGUAGAAGGAGAGACAUGGAAUAUUGAUUCCUGCACACAGUGUACAUGCCAUAGUGGACGCGUUCUAUGUGAGACUGAAGUCUGCCCACCUCUUCUUUGUCAAAACCCCAUCCGUACACAGGAUUCCUGCUGUCCACAGUGCCCAGAUGAACCUCUUCAGCCUUCCUCAUCGAGCAAUGAAAGCAUGCCCAGUUACUGCAAAAAUGAUGAAGGAGAUAUUUUCCUGACAGCUGAGUCCUGGAAACCCAAUGUCUGUACUAGUUGUAUUUGCAUGGAUGGUGUGAUUAGCUGCUACUCUGAAUCUUGCCCACCAGUAUCCUGUGAGAGACCUGUUUUGAGAAAAGGACAGUGUUGUCCUUAUUGUAUAGAAGAUACAAUACCAAAGAAGGUGGUUUGUCACUUUAGUGGAAAAACAUAUGCAGAUGAGGAACGUUGGGAUAUUGACAGCUGCACACACUGCUACUGCCUGCAGGGUCAGACCCUUUGCUCCACUGUCAGUUGCCCCCCUCUCCCCUGUGUAGAACCCAUCAACGUUGAGGGAAGUUGCUGUCCCAUGUGUCCAGAGAUGUAUGUACCUGAGCCCACCAACAUCCCCAUUGAGAAGACAAAUCAUCGAGGAGAUGCUGAACUAGAAGCACCAAUUUGGCCUACACCCAGUGAAAAUGACAUUGUCCAUCUCCACAGAGACAUGAGUCAUCUUCAAGGAGAUUUCAGAGAAGGCAUUGGACUACACUCCAGUGAAGAUACAUCUCUCAACUCUAUUGCCUGGGUGACAGUUCCCAUCAUGACAGCCCUGGUUCUUAUUGUAGCCCUUCUGCUUGUCAAUCAGAAAAAGCAGUGGAUACCAGUGUCCUGCUACAGAGCCCCAACAAAGCCUUCUUGCCUAAACAAUCAGCUGGUAUACGUGGAUUGCAAGAAAGGUACCAUGGUCCAGGUGGACAGUUCUCAGAGAAUGCUAAGAAUUGCUGACCCAGAUUCAAGAUACAGUGGAUUCUACAGCAUGCAAAAACAGAACAACCUGCAGGCAGAUAAUUUCUAUCAAACAGUUUGAAGAAUUGCACCUUUGCCAAGGAUUUGAGAAAGAAGGAGAGCGAGAGACUAAGUCUGCUAUUAAAAUAAAACUAGAAUUGUGCACUUGCUUAGUGGAUUGUAUUGGAUUUGUGACUUCAUGUACAGUCUAAGACCUUACUGGGAUGGGCUCUGACUCCUGCAAUGUGCCAGAACAAGCAUUCCCACUUUUCCUUGCGAUAACUGACCAAGAGUUUUCUUAGAACCAAAGUUUUAAAACUUGUUAAGAUGUAUUUGCUUGUAACAUAGCUAUAGAGAUUGUUUGGGUGGGUGAAUUUGGGGUUGGGUGGUGAAAUGAGAGAAAGCUUCAAAGAAGAAAAGCUGGUCAAGCUUGGCUCGGGGAUAGAACAAAUAAAGAAUAUUGCCAAGCAUCAGGAUGGUGGCUUUUCUUGUUGCUCUGAAACUGCAUUUGUUGCAGCAAAGCCUAACCCCACAUGGAAACAGAAAACAGAGGUCUCUUUUUUUUUUUCCCAGCUGUUGCUACAAAAGUAUACUCCUAGAACAGAACCUGUCAUGUCACAGGUAUGGUGUAGCUGCAUAUAUUUUUCUAUAUGACAAGAAGCUGCAGUAGUUAAUGAUAUAGCAAGGAAAAGGUUAUAGCAGAAUAUAAAGGGUGGGUUUAUUAAGGAUGUAUAAAAUUAUACCUUGUGCUGCUUUUUGUUUUAAUUUUGUUUUCUGCAGAGCUGAUUGGCCAGAUUUUGGCAGAGUUAGCAAAUGACUGAGGCCUAAAUAAUUCUUGAUAUGAGCACUGGAUCUUUUGACAGCAGUAUUGAAGGAAGGAAGGGAAAGUCAAGAACACCAUGCAGUUCCAGGGGCUUUCAUUUGUUGUGUUUUUGUUUUGUUGUUAAUCUCUGGUUGUUCGGACAGUUUCAGUGGAGGAGGAAGAAAAAAUAUUUUGUUGGACAAAGCUCUUGCUUAAAUGAAAGAGUAAAAAAAGAGACUGUUUUAAGGUUUUUCCUGUUGUUCUUAUUUACUGGUUAUGCAGAUUAGAAACUACUUCCAUGCUAGGAAGCUACUUAAUUUUAAUUGUAUAUUACUCAAGCACCUUUUUUGAAGCUCAGAAAAAAGGAGAUCAUGCUUCUUUAAACAUUAGCAUUAUAGGAAUAUUUAUGUAAAUAUAAUUAUGCUAAAAACAACAAAGUAUUUGUAUGUCUGUGUGUAUAUAUGUGCAUAUAUAUAAUGUGUGUGCAUACACACAAACACACUAUAUAUGUAUAUGUGUA